CCUCUUUGUGGCUGCAUUUGAAGUGUUACUCAUUGGAGCAAGGCAAAUGGUCAGAGGCCUAAAAACACCGUCAGGAGGAAGACUCCCCGCUCUGAGAGGUUUCAUGGAUGAUGUGACAAGCAUCCUACAGACCGCCCCAUGCACAGCACGACUCCUCAAGCGUUUCGACGAACUGAUCGUCUGGGCGAGGAUGAAGAUAAAGCCCGCUAAGUCCAGGAGCCUGUCAAUCAGGAAGGGUGUGAGAGAUGACAGGACAGUCUUCACAGCAGGAGGUGAGAAGAUUCCACUCCUGGCAGAGCAGCCCAUCCGAAGCCUCGGGAGGGAGUAUACAGCAGAGCUCUCGGACAGGCAGAUGGGUAGGGUGGUCCAGAAACAACUAAAAGAGGGGCUCGUAAGGAUCGACGGCAGCCAACUUCCUGGGAAGCUGAAGGUUUGGUGUUACCACUUCACACUUUUCCACCGAGUAAUGUGGCCGCUGAAAGUAGCCGAAAUUCCAUCUUCUCAGGCCAGUAAGAUGGACAGCAUCGCCAACGGUUAUAUCAGGAAGUGGCUGGGCCUCCCCCGCUGUUUCUCGGACACAGGUCUUUUUGGCAAGAACAUUCUGCAACUUCCUCUGAAGUCAAUCAAUCUGGGUUACAGGCAGGAGAAGACCCGCCUUGUACUGGAGUUGAGGGAAUCAAGAGACGAAGCUGUGAAGAGUGCAGCGGUGAUUGUCCGCACUGGACGAAAGUGGAAGGCCCAGGUGGAAGUGGACCAAGCUGUCUCGAGGCUGAAAUACAAGGAGAUUCUGGGAAGAGUCCAAGACAGCCGGGCAGGACUGGGAUGGGGGAAACCAGUCCAGUUCUGGUCCAAAGCCACGAGACAGCAGAGGAAGGCCAUGGUGGUGGAAGAGGUCACACAAGUGGCGCAAGACCAGUAUUGGAUCAAGGCCGUAUCCCAGGGAAAACAGGGGGCAUGGACUCGCUGGGAGGACACCAUUCAAAGAGUCAUAACCUGGGCCGACAUCUGGCGAACUCCUCAAUCUCGGCUCAGCUUCCUCGUGAGGGCAGCGUAUGACACCCUGCCAUGCCCUCGAAACCUCGCCCAGUGGUUCGGAAGCGAGGGUAAGUGCUCCCUGUGCAGCAAAGACAAUGCAGGACUUAAACACAUCCUUUCAGGUUGCAACGUCGCGCUAACGCAGGGGCGCUUCCGGUGGCGACACAAUCAGGUGCUGAGGAAGUUGGCAGAGCUGUUGGAGAGAUGCAGAGUCGGGGCAAACAACGCCACAGAUCCCCAUCGGCCAAACAUCACUUUCAUCAAACCAGGAGAGGUAGGACAGAAGACAGAGGCGGGAAGAUCAUCACUUCUGCUUACCCCUGCUGCUAAGAAAGUCCUCAUCAUUGAACUAACCGUGCCAUGGGAGGAGGGAAUACCAGUAGCACAUGAGUUCAAACGGUCAAAGUACAGCGACCUGGCAGAGGACUGCAAGGGGGGAGGCUGGUCUGCGUCCAUUCACCCCGUGGAGAUCGGAUGCAGGGGCUUCGUAGGAGGUUCUGCGACCCGGCUCCUGCGUGCGGCGGGAAUGACCGGUUCCAACCUGAGGAGGGCCAUCAAGGAGUUGGCAGAGGAGGCAGAAAAGGCAAGUUUCUGGAUGUGGCUAAGAAGGAGGGACAACACUUGGGGCUCAACACCCCAUUGAGGUCAGUUGCAGGGAGUGGCGCGGGGAGACGUCCCCGCUUAGCCACUGCCCCCCCACCGCGAGGUGUCCUGGCUUGGGGGCGAAACAUCAGUGAACGGUGGCACCAGCUGACGACCCUGCAGCUGACCUCCAAGUGCACUGGAGGAGGUGCGACAGGCAGAGAUGCCAAGCAGUUAGGU